AUGGACCGCAUUAGCCCGGAACCGCCGCUGGCUCAAGGCAGCAACGAUUGCCCUGGUCUUGUUCUGCAAGGUCAUGACAUCCGCAGGAUGUGUCGAGACUUCCCGGAGCCCCGGAUACCUGAGGUGCCUAGCCAUCCCGACAGCAGUCCUGAGAUGGUGGCUGCUGCCAGGUUGAACCAGUUCCUACAGGUGAGUGGAUGUACUGCCUUGGUGUCUGUUCCCUCAGCCGAUCCUGUACCAUCCUCGCCCUUUGAGGACGACUGGAGCAGCGGUAGCGAUGGCGACGACAGCGACGCCUUCGACCUUCGUCAGUACCGCUACGCGCGCAGCAACCCGGCCGCGGCCACGGCGUCCAGCGUGGCGGCGCCGGUGGCCAUGCUGGCCAGGAGGUGGCGGAAAGCCGCAGCCCGGGCCACAAACGUGGAAGAUGGUCUGGAAGAUGCUGUUGUUGCCUGGUCCGCUGUGGCCACUGGAGCUCCGCAUGUGACAUCACAAGGCGACCGGCUGUUGGCGGACUUGAGCGAUGAUGACUCCGAAAACCUCGAGAAGGACGAGCGCAGGGAUCUGGAGCUGCUGCAGAGGAUCGCCGAUGCCCUGGUGGAGUUUUACGGUCUCGGCGAGGCGAAACGUGCGAUCCGUCUCAAGAGCAACGUGGUGAACGUUGUGAUGGUCACCGAAGAGGCUUGGAGGCUCAAGGAGCGGGAGAGUCAGCUGGAUGAGCCGCCCAUGUUCUGGUUACGUGGCAAUCGCGUCUACGAUUUCCACGGGGACCGUGGCACUGUGGCGGACUUCGAGGCGGAUCUGCUGACGCGGGAGGUGGAAGAUGAUGCAACGUGCCGCUCAAGGCGACAGAAACAAGGGUUGCUGCCUUUCCCCUUCCUACCGCUCCCACAGAAAGAGAAAGUCGAAGAUGAUGAUGGGAACGAUGCAAACCGAGCUCCCAAACGCUGA